AUGUCGUUCACGUCUAUUCCCAUCCUGGACUUGGCUGCGUCCAAGGAUCCAGCGACAAAGCCUCAGUUUCUCAAGGAACUUCGUCAUGCGUUGAUGGAAGUUGGCUUCUUGUAUCUCAAGAACGUCGGUAUUGAGGAUGAAUUGUUCCAGAGAGUUAUCGAACUUGGAAAAGGAUUCUUUGAUAUUCCCGAGGAAGAGAAACUCAAGAUUGAGAUGAAGAAUGCACCUUCUUUUCUCGGCUACUCACGACUCUCAGCAGAAAUCACAGCUGGAGAAGUCGAUCACAGAGAACAGAUCGAUCUCUCUACCGAACAUCCCGUUCCCAAACCAGGAGCUCCUCUGUAUCGCAAUCUAAUGGCGCCCAACCAGUGGCCAUCCGAAGACUCACUGCCAGAGUUUCGCAAGGUCUACACAGAGUAUAUGGAACGCAUGGGUAAGAUUUCAAUUCAAUUUACGUCUCUCAUCGCCGAGGCAAUCGAGCUUCCUAGCGAUGCAUUCAACAAGUACUUUGACGAGGACCAGCAGCACAAGCUCAAGAUCGUCAAGUACCCUGACGCAAAAGAGCUUGGUAUCCAAGGCGAUGCGCAAGGUCAGGGUGUAGGUCCUCACAAAGAUAGUAUGCUUUCGAGCUAUCUCCUCCAAGCUACAUCGCAUAAAGGCCUUCAAGUACAAAAUGUCCGUGGCGAGUGGAUAGACUGCGAACCCAUCCCCGGCACACUCGUCGUGGCUAUCGGCCAGGGUCUUGAGGCACUUACACAAGGUGUCUGCGUCUCAACAACACAUCGCGUUCUCUCACCUGCAGCAGGAUCCGGCGCACGCUUCUCAAUCCCCUUCUUCCAAGGUGUUCGCAUGAGCGCUGAUUUCGACGACCUCGAGAAAGUCGGUGUUGGUCUUGUCCCUGAGGAGGUUAGAGAGCAGCGACGCAAGAUUGUUGAGCGCAACGGUGGCCGUAUUGAUGAUGUCGAGUUUACAUUCCGAGCAGGCGGCGCUUCAAAGACCCUUGGUGAAGCAACUCUGAGGAAUCGUGUAAAGAGUCAUCCUGAUGUUGGAGAGCGCUGGUAUCCCGAUAUUCUGGCUAGUAUUCGUGAGGAGCAGGCCAAGGCGAAGCAGCAGAAGGAAACUGCAGCGCCAUCCGUGGAAGCGCCUCCCAAGGCCGUGGAGGCUCAUUAA